AUUUUUCUUAGCGUUUUUCACUACCCUAAUGUCCACAUUUUGUACAUACAUUGACUUCUUCUCGCCUCCAUCUGUCCCCGUCCUCCACUUCGCACCGUUCUCUCCCUGUUCCGCACGAUAGCUGAAGUUGCCGAAUUGGUCAACGACCUUCGCAGCGGAGUUGGAGCGGACUCAGGCAGAGUGCUAGCCCUCUGAGUAAGUAAAUCAUAAGGGAUUCGGUGUGAACAAAAUGAGCAUCUCAAAGGAGUGAAAUGAUAUCCACGCUGUCACUGGUAUGGCCUGGGAGCGAUCAAUGAAAGUAUAAUAUAUAAUAAAAGUUAGUUGUGAUCAGACUAGGGCCUCUCACAACACAUUAGUAAGCAACAACUUUACCAGAGUACGCUCUUGAGUCCUCAUCAACGUCAAACACUACUGAAGUACUGACCAUUUAUCUCCCUGUUUAGCGAUAUGAAGGACUUGCUCAAUGUAGCAAGAAAAGCGUAUCUUCAUACUGUGAGAAGGGCGCCGACAAGGCGCGGGGCCCCAGUGCAGACAACACAGCCGGCGCCAACAGACACGACAGCAGUGUUGGCUGUUGCAUUCUUCAAAGACGGUCAACGGAUUGUCACUGCUUCAAUGGAUGAAACCCUGCAAAUAUGGGACGUGGAGAAAAGCGUAGUGGUGGGAGAGCCAUUCGAGGGACACAGUGGCUAUGUGAAUUCAGUCACUGUAUCGCCAGACGACAGGCGAAUUGCGAGUGGUGGGGCAGAUGGAGCCAUCACCAUCUGGGAUGUCGAUAGCAAGCAGAAAGUACUCGGUCCGCUGGUGAAGCAUACAAGCUGGGUGUCCUCAGUGUGCUUCUCCCCCGAUGGAAAGAGAAUUGCAAGCGGAUCAUGGGACGCUACAGUCAUCAUAUGGGAUGCAGAGACUGGUGUUGUCCUCAUAAAAUUCGCUAAUGAUCCUCAGGAUUGGGUGUAUUCUGUCGCCUUCAGCCCAGAUGGGCUAAAGUUAGCACACGGAACAUGGCACAAUAUUUGGAUUUGGAGCAUUGACGGCGCCAAGCUUCUUCUCAAGAUUCACGCUCAUCAAGAUGUCGUUCGAAGUGUUGUGUGGUCGCCUGACGGCCAGCAACUUGUCUCCGCAUCAGAUGACAAAAUAAUCAAGUUUUGGAACUGCUCAAAUGGACUCCAGAUCGGUCAGCCUUGCACUGGUCAUACCCACAAAAUCUACUCCCUGGCUAUCUCUUCUGAUAGCUCCUUCAUUUCCACUGCCUCGCACGAUAAGACUGUGCGCCUGUGGAGCACAACAUCACACAAGCAGAUAGGACAGGCACUCGAACACACCGCACCGGCUUUCUGCGUUGCAAUUUCUCCCGGUGGAGAACUACUCGCGAGUGGCGACUUUUCUGGGAAUCCCCAGCUUUGGUUCAUCGAGGACACACUUUCCGCAACAUUCGGGCUAGAUCCCUUGUACGAUUUCUAUUUUGCGCAUCGCAGUAAAUUGAAAUUGGGCCAAAAUCUCUAUGCAGAAGCCCUUUUGGACGCGGAAAAGGUUAUUGAGCUCAACCCUUCGUCUCAUCUUGGAUACGAAUUGAAGCAUGCAGCGCUUCGUAAGGCACAACGCUAUGAUGAUGCAUUCGAGGCUUUCACAAUCAUGCUCUCCAAGUUGGAUGAUGCACCCGACCAACAGAUACGACAGCUACGCCAGCAAUAUGUCAGUCCAUCUGAAGUAGAAGGUGCUAUUCGACGAGCCAUUCACGCCCAGCUGGAAAACGCUCCACUUCGUCUAAUCGACACCUCUACUGGACGUUUGUGCAAUCGAGAUGCGCAGAUCAAUGUAUUCAUGGAAAGUACAAAAUACAAGGAGUUGUUGCAUUCAUUUGUGAUGCGUGCGCCCCUCCAAACGAAGCUUAUCAAAGAAGCGGUCAUCAAAUACUUCAGCUGGGUCAUGUUAUCUCAUAGGUGGGAAACCAAGGAGCUACUACUGCACCACAUUCAAGGCAGGAACAUAUACGACUUGGAUCCGGUUGGAACUGUGUUGAAGCUGCAGAAAUUCUGCAAAGUUGCUCGCAAUGCAGGCCAUCGAUGGGCGUGGAGUGACACAUGCUGCAUCGACCAGAACAACAAUGUCGAGCUCCAGCAAUCAGUCAACUCCAUGUUCGUUUGGUAUCACUAUUCAGCGCUCACCAUUGUCUACCUAUUUGAUGUUCCUCCUUCGUCAGAGUCUGGCGCGCUCGCAAGCAGCAUUUGGAACACCCGAGGAUGGACCGUCCAGGAGUUCCUCGCUCCUAAAAUCGUUCUCUUCUACCAAGCAGAUUGGACUCUGUAUCUCAACAACCGUUCACGCAACCACAAAAAAUCUGUCAGUAUCAUGCAGGAGUUGGAAGAUGCAACAGGCAUAAAUGCGCGGGCGCUCGUCGACUUCCGUCCGGGGACAACAGAUGCCCGAGAGAAACUCCGAUGGGCGUCAAACCGUGACACUACUCGGGAGGAAGACAUUGCCUACUCUUUGUUUGGCAUCUUUGAUGUCAACCUUCCUGUUAUCUAUGGAGAGAAAAGACAAAAGGCACUCGGACGACUCUUGCAGGAGAUCAUAGCCCAUUCGGGCGAUAUCUCGGCCCUAGACUGGGUGGGACAAUCAUCCAACUUCAACAGUUGUCUCCCAGCCGAGAUUUCCUCGUACAAGGCUCUGCCAUGCAUAUUUCCAUCUCUAUCUGAACACGAUAUGCAGAUAUCAAUUUCCGCACUGCGAAACAAUAUUGUGCCUGUGGAGUCAGCUUUGAAACUGUAUACCCUCCUUGAAAAUCUCAGCGUUCCUCGUUUUGCCAACGCUAGACUGCAAUUGCCUUGCAUCGCAUUUCCUCUGACAGAAGUCAGGCGGAGUAGUGGUAGAGACGGGGACAAAUUUUUUACAUAUGAAGUCAAGGCAGACGGGCUACAAGACCUGCUAAUCACAACGGAAGACAGGCUUCCACAAUUCUCGCCUACGAGGCGUAGCCGGCAGACAUUCCUGCUUGUCCGUCCGUGGAAACGGCAUGAUCUCGGGCUGAUUGACUUUGCGGACGAGAUGCAGAGCGUAGAAGAUUGGUCCGAGCCUGGGUCUUCUAUAUAUAACGAGCCGACCAUGCGAGAGUUGAGGUUGAUUGUUCGCCUCGGACAGCCUUUUGGCGCACUUUUGCUAGCGCGGCAGUGGGGUGGGGAGUAUAGGAGGAUCGCUUCGGAUCACAAUAUUAUCGCACAAGUCAGGGACAUGGCAUCUGUUGACGACAUGAUGGACAUCAGGAUGCUCGAGAUAUUGUAACUGGUACACAUAGUAUCACAAUAUCGUCAAUCGAUAAGCGGGUGCUGCGAGAUUGGAGGCUUUUGUUCGUCGAACUCUAUAAGUAAAAUAAAUCCGGUCUAUCGAUAUGAAAGCAGCUGUAGUAGUACAGUCACCUCACCUUGACUGGAUUGCAUACAGCAGGCGGGGGCCAACUGGUGGCCUCAUACCAGGGCAUUCACGAACCUAAAGGCCUGAGCGCUGAGCGCUGAACCUUAAUUUAUGGCUUUCGUGAAUCGCGCUGGAGCCAGGAGAGUAAAUCG